AUGCGGCCCAUCACUGAUUUUUUCAACAAGCCGUCGUUCUCGCGGGCAAACCAUAAUCGCACAUCAGAAAGCAAGAAAGGCUCCAAUAAACUCGCACCCGAGUCUUCACCCCUCACUGAGCCCUCGUCGUCCAUAAUAAGUAAUCUUUCUCCGGAAUCAGAACAUGAGGCCGAGGCUCAGUUGAAUCGCACGCUGUAUCUUUCAGCCCAGGAGAGCUUCUCGCAACCACCCACGUGGCAAAGUUUCCAAAGUACCGAGUCUGCGACAGUCUCAUCUCUCAAUGAAAGUUUUGGCGGGUCUCAGCGCAUUGUCAAAGACGGCAAAGAGGUAGUCAUCAGUUCCGACGGAGAAGACACGGAUUCGAUCUGUUCAUUGGAUGAUCCAGCCAGUCUCUUUGCCCCGAUAUCCAAGAAGCCCGAGUCUGUCUCGGGCACAGUGGGAAUGAAAACGGGGCUCAAAAAGACAUCGCCUAAAAAGUACAAGCACACAAUCGACUCUCUCGUCUACGACGCAGUGGAUGAUAACGAGAUUGAAGCCAACGUUGCUCGGUUAAAAGCCAAGUUUACGCAGAACUCACCAGAUGGCAAUGAUAGCACGUCCGGCGUUAAGAGAGGUUUGAAUGAAGGCGUCUUGACUUCGGCCCUGGGUGACGACAGUGAUAGUGGUAUUGGAUUACAGCGCCUGCUGGAUGCUGUUAGGAGAACCGAAGCCCUGGACCACGACCGAGCCUGGCGAUUUUUCGAUGUGACACAAAAGUUGCCGUCGGCUCCAGAAUUUCCACAGCAUCUAUUCACGGGUGGAACAUAUCUGGAUGACUUUCUUGCAGAUCCUGAAGCUCGCGAGCGUCUAUUCAUGUCAGGGGAAUUUAUCCAGAUGGCUUUGUGCAAGGGGCUCUUGCCGGACAAGUUAAUCGUGUGGAUUUUUCGUUCCAUUCCCUACGAACGUCGAAGCGAAAUGAGCAACGCUUAUUACCGAAUUCUCAAGGGCGUUGAUGUGAACCAUCUCAGAUCACUUAUCCGUCCAGCUGAUAUCGAUGACCUUUUUACGCGAUUAGGGGCCAGGUCCCAGUCAUUGGAUCCUUCCAUGGCGAUUACGCCUAUACCGCUACAAGAAAUCACCGCAGACUCCGGGCUGAAGGACGGCUUCGUUCUCAUUUCAAUCCUCAAGUUGUUCCGAGAAAUUGCCGACUUACUUGCAGAAGAUACCCAAGAGCGAGUCGUGCUCCUUCUACUGCGGCUUACGCUUGACUUGUCUUUAACAGCAGACUUUAUGAUAUCCUCGGAGCUCCAGUGGACCAUCAAUGCCGUGCUCGACCCGGAUUCCUUUACUGAUAUAAAUGGGGAAGACUUGUUGUCUCGAGUUUCCCAAACUUUCUACCAUACAGUCACAGAUGUCUGCAUACAGAGCCGAGUCGUUCACCACAUACUACCAACGUCUCCAUGGUUUGCUCUGUUGCGAUGUCGCCUCGCUAUUUCAUUUUUACUGAAAAGCCCCAGCCCGCUGACUGAGCCCCCUGAAGAUGUGCUUGAUCUCAAACGCAUCACGAUGGUCCUACUUCGCGAUGAGCGGUUCCAUGUAAAACUGUUCAAAGGGAAAGGCGACUAUGAUUACGGAGAGUUGAUUGCCAUCACCGCUCUCCUCAACGUCGCAAUCGAUUCAUCCGUGUUGGAUUUGAGAUACAGAGUGACUCAAACUGAAAAGGACUAUAAUGCUGCCAUCGACAAGCUGGCAGCUCAGAUCAAGUUGAUCUUUAGUUCCAUCGAGGAUUCAGGUGCCUCGCAUCUCAAACGGAUGUUAGCCAAAGAAGCUCUAGAGGCCUUGCACUACCGGAUUGUCUAUUCGGUCCGGUCAAAGCCACCGCCGAAGAAAACACUGUUCAAGUCAUACGCCACAGAGAGAGAUGGUAACAUUCGGAGCUUGUUCGGCAGCCCAUCCAUUAAUACUGGGAGGAGCAUGGAGAUCACACAAACGGAGUCAUCAGCGCUAGUCGGUCAGGUUCUAGGGGAGACAGAAAUCCCCAUCCGCAAGCAUGACCAAAUCUCGUGA